AAACAAUAAAAAUAAAGGACCAGUUGGAGUGAACCCUGGUAACACAUAAUAUUUGCUUUCACUUAGCUUAUUGCCUCUUUUUUCUAAGUUUUUAGGGCAAACAAAAGAGGCACCCACAAAAGCAUCCUAAAUCCACUGAUAAACCAGUAUAAAAAUGAUAGCAGCUAUUUCGUGGAUUCCCAAAGGGGUUGCAAAGUCGGUACCAGCUGAGGCUGAGCCCCCUUCAAAAGAGGAAAUUGAGGAGAUUCUGAAGAGUGGUCUUCUUGAUAAACGUGAAAAUAGUGACGAUGAGGAAGCUGAAGAAGAAAUGAAUGUUGAUGAAUCCAAGGAAAAUGAGGAUGAUGAAAUUGCUGUUGCGUUAGCUGCUGCUGAUGCACUUGGAAAGGCAACAAAAGUUGGUUCUGUAGGAACUGAUGACAUAACAGAUGGUUUAAAGGAAUUGGACAUGGACAACUAUGAUGACGAGGAGGACGGCAUUGAGCUUUUCGGUUCAGGACUUAAAGACUUGUACUACCCAAGUAAUGACAUGGACCCAUAUCUCAAGGAUAAGGACAAUGACUCUGAAGAUGAUGACGACAUGAUAAUAAGACCUGAUGAUUCUGUUAUAGUUUGUGCAAGCAAUGAGGAUGAUGUCAGUCAGCUUGAGAUAUGGAUUUUGGAAGUUUCAUCAGAUGGUGAAACAAACAUGUAUGUUCACCAUUGUAAUAUUAUACCUGCCUUUCCUCUCUGCACAGCAUGGCUCGAUUGCCCUGUUAAAGGCGGUGAGAAAGGUAACUUCAUAGCUGUGGGCUCAAUGGAACCAGCAAUAGAAAUUUGGGAUAUGGACAUCAUGGAUGAGGUGCAACCAUCUGUUAUUUUAGGUGGCAUUGCUGAUAUAAAGAAAAAGGGUAAAAAGAAAUCUAUCAAAUACAAAAAGGAUAGCCAUUCAGAUUCAGUACUUGGUCUUUCUUGGAACCAGGAAUAUAGGAAUAUACUUGCCAGUGCUAGUGCUGAUCAUACAGUCAAGGUUUGGGACGUGACUACCGAAGCUUGUAAUCUCACUUUGAAGGACCAUACUGACAAGGUUCAAGCAGUUGCAUGGAAUCCAUUUGCACCACAGAUUCUUCUGAGCGGGUCAUUCGAUCAUACAGUUUGCUUGAAGGACGGUAGGAAACCUUCUCACAGUGGAUUUAAGUUUCCAGUUGCCGCUGAUGUUGAAAGCUUGGCUUGGGAUCCACAUUCUGAGCAUUCGUUUGUGGUCAGCUUGGAGAAUGGUACAGUUACUAGUUUUGACAUCCGCGCUGCUAGUUCUGGUACAACUUCGGAGACAAAGCCAAGUUUCACCAUCCAUGCUCAUGAUAAAGCAGCGUCCUCGUUGUCCUUUAAUCCUCUAGUUCCAAAUCUUCUUGCAACUGGUUCCACAGACAAGAUGGUUAAAUUAUGGGAUUUGACCAACAAUCAACCUUCUUGCAUUGCAUCUAGGAAUCCGAAAGCUGGAGCUGUCUUCUCUGUAUCCUUCUCAGAUGAUUGCCCCUUUUUGCUUGCUGUUGGUGGCUCUAAAGGGAAGUUGCAGCUAUGGGAUAUUGCGUCAGAAGAUGCCGUGUUGAAGAAAUAUGGGAAAUACGUUGCUCAAAAAAGGCCGUCGCCACCCAAAUCAUAAUGUAAAUGUAGUUUUCAAGGUAUUUGUUGAAUUCUAUAGUGAAAGUGUUAGCUAGUCUGUCAAUUUUGAUCUGCGGUUUAGUAGGGUGGUUUUUGGCUCCCCAUAAUAUAUCAUAUGAGCAUGGUACUGUUGCUGCACAUUGCCUGGACCAAUUGAAAGAGGAAGUGAAGAGUUUGGUGGAAUCAAGAUAGGUGUGUGUUUUUUGGGACAUAACCUACACAAUUUCAUUGAACAUGUAUCAGAGACCAGGGUCUAAAUUUUACCAGAGAUUACAAAAAACGUAAGGCGAUCUCUUUUUAUGUGCUUCAACAUUGUUAGGCUGAGUUAUCUUGUACUUGUGUUGGUGGGAGGUAACAGAUUCCCGAUGAUGUAAUAGUUGAGGUGCGGCUGUUCGGACACUACCAUUAUCAGGAAAAAGAAAGUUUGUUGAACAUGUUGGUUGAUUUUUUUAUUUGACGAAAGUCCAUCAGGUGAAAUAUGCAAGUAUGACAAUCUUGAUCUAUUUUGGUUCCCUUUUUCAGCAAGACUUCCAUAGCAUAGUUUGAGAGCCAGAAAGACUCAAGUUAUCACACAAGUGGACUGAUAAUAUAUUAUGCAGUUCUGGGAAAUUAUCUGUUUGUGAAAAACAGAAUGUUUCCUUUUAGUCCUGUUUCUUCAAUGUAUUUUAUCUUUGUAUUGUUUUGGACUGCUUCCCAAUAAAAAAUGAAAUGUGAAGCUGGAACAGAGUCAUUUUCCCCCCCUCA